AUGUCAAUGAAAAACAGAGUAGACCAUGACAACCAUAACUUCAACAACAUCAUCAAACCUGCACAUAUUUUACCUCAGGUUUGUUUGGGCUUGGUGAGGCUCCUCCACUUCCUCUCCCACUCCCCUCUGGGUUCCGUGGCUCUGUUGGACUUCCAACCCCGUCAGUUCGUCAUGGUGUCUGGGGAGCUGAAACUAACAGACCUAGACGAUGCUAGCGUGACAGAACCCACCUGCCAGACGGACCAGGACUGUGUCUUACAGUUCCCCCUCCGUAACUUCAGCCAGCCCUGCUCGGCCCAGGGAGUAUGUGAGGGCCUUAAUGCGAUGAGGAAUCUCUACAACGCCUACAGGUAUUUCUUCACCUACCUGUUGCCUCACCAAGCCCCAGCUGCUCUGAGACAUCUGGUGGAUCACAUCAUGAACUCAACGGGAGAGAUGAAAGGUGAUGUGGAUGACACGUUGGAAGCCUUUGAAGACUUGCUCCAUCUGUACAAGUCCGGCAUUCACCUGGACAACAUGCCUCCAUCAUUAAUCAGAGGAAGUGGGGGAGGGGACAAACCCAAAUUCAGAGCGGCCAAGUCAGAUGUGAUUAAUAUUGUAGUCGCUUCACAGAACAUGAUGCAUCGCACGCCUCAGAAAAUACAAAAUGGUACGGACCUAUUGGACCCGUUCUACACAGUGAUGAAGUACUGUGUCCACUGGAAUGCCUGCACUCUGUAG